AAAAAAACUACCUGAGCCACAGCGGUUGUGCCUGACGUCUGCAACCCGGGGAACAUUUGCACAUUCACCUGUGUGGCUUCACUUCCCCUAAGAAGGACGGCAUUUUGCAGCGGAGAGAGACGUGCAACAGGUCCCGAUCCUGAUGUCUCUGAUCUCCUGCUUCCACUGUGUCCUCCUGGGUCUCCUGGCCACCGACUUCUUCCCGCGAGGCACCAAGGCAGUUGAGUGUCCCACCGGCUGGCUGCUGCAUGGAGCCUACUGCUAUGGAGUCUUCAGCGCUAAAUUAUCCUGGAAAGAGGCUGAUGAGGACUGCAUGGCUUACAGCAAGCGAGGACACCUGGCCUCCAUCCUCUCCUCCUCUCAGGGUGCGAUGAUCAGCAGCCACCUCCAGACCCUGGAGGACGAAGAGGAUUUUCCGACCGGUAUCUGGAUUGGAUUGCACGACCCCAACAAGAAGGGAUAUUGGAAAUGGGCAGAUCGUUCGAUACUGAACUAUUCACCUUGGAGUAAAGAGGAGGUUUUGCUUGAACCUGGUACCCCGACAAAAGGAGGCUGCGUCUACCUGUCUGCCAGAACAGAUUUUGCAAAAUUUCACAUUGCACCAUGCUCAGAAAAGAUGAGGUACAUGUGCAAGAUGAUGUUCGGGUGAAAGCAGCUGUCUGACUGUGUCUGCAAAGGACCCCUGGCAGCAGAAAAGCAGCAUUUGGAGAGUCCUUGCACAAGAAAACCGGCAAAGAAUGGCCCCUUCCCAACUCCAGCACACCAGGCCCCUCUCCUUAUCAUCAUGGGGGUUGUGGUGAGGCAAACUGGCUCCUGCUGAACCCAAUAAACCAUGUUUUGGUCAUUCAA